CAUUCUCCCUCACUCUCACUCCUCACUCUCCAUAGCCCCUUCUCAAGUGAGAGCCCACCAUCAAGAAAGAAAUUAAACUGCCAAAAAUCUUACCAUAUACACAAUGGUUUCUGAAUCUUUGCCUCUGGUUUCCAGAUGCACAGUUUUUCCUGAUCAGAAGUCCACUUUGGGUGAGCUGAAACUCUCGGUUUCAGACCUCCCAAUGCUCUCCUGCCACUAUAUUCAGAAAGGUUGUUUGUUUACGCGCCCGCCAUUUCCGGUUUCCGAGCUCGUUUCCCUGCUCAAACGCAGCCUCUCGCAGGCGCUCACCCAUUUCCCGCCGCUGGCCGGCCGUCUCACCACAGACUCAGACGGGUACGUUUACAUCACCUGCAAUGACGCUGGCGUUGAUUUCAUUCACGCCAACGGGUCGCAUAUUUACGUUAGGGAUUUGCUUGUGUCCAAUGACGACCUGCCGAAGGCGGUGAAGGGGUUCUUCGCUUUAGACCAGACGGUGAGCUAUGAAGGGCAUUUUAGACCCAUUCUCUCCGUGCAGAUGACGGAGUUGGCCGACGGAGUUUUCAUUGGCUGCGCCUUGAAUCAUGCCGUUACGGACGGGACCUCGUUUUGGAACUUCUUUAAUACUUUCGCGGAGUUAAGCCGCGGGGUGAAGAGGAUUUCUCGGAUUCCGGAUUUCAGCCGCGACUCGAUUUUGAUUUCUCCGGCGGUGCUGAAGCUCCCUGUCGGCGGGCCUACGGUCACUUUCUCCGGAGACGCUCCGAUUAGGGAGAGGAUUUUCAGGUUUAGCAGAGAAUCGAUUCUAAAGCUGAAAGCCAAAGUUAAUAACAAUACAGUGAAACGGGAAGUUAACGGCGGAAUUGACUUUGCUGAGCUAAUGGGCAAACACAGCAAUGACACGAGGAAGUAUCCCGAGGGGAAGCUAACGCCGUUAACCUGGUUGAUGAACGCCGUUUCCAGGGAGACUAGUCAGGUAAAUCCAACUGCCGAAAUUUCAUCUUUUCAAUCGUUAAGCGCGCUGCUAUGGCGCGGCAUCACCCGUGCGAGGAAACUACCCGCCUCAAAAAUGACAACGUUCCGGAUGGCCGUAAACUGCCGACACCGGCUCGAGCCAAAGCUGGAUCCGCUGUACUUCGGGAACGCCAUCCAGAGCAUUCCAACUUACGCAACGGCUGGCGAGGUCUUGGGUAAAGAUCUACGGUGGUGCGCGGAGCAGCUGAACAAAAACGUGGUGGCGCACGGUAACGCUACGGUGAGGAAGUACGUAGAGGAUUGGGAGCAGGAGCCGAGGUGCUUCCCAUUGGGGAAUUUUGACGGCGCGAUGAUCACGAUGGGGAGUUCUCCGAGGUUCCCGAUGUACGAGAAUGAUUUCGGGUGGGGAAGACCCGUAGCAGUUCAGAGCGGGCGGGCGAACAAAUUCGACGGCAAGAUUUCGGCGUUUCCGGGUGGUGAUGGGAGGGGGAGCGUGGACUUGGAGGUGGUGCUAUCUCCAGAUACCAUGGCGGGCCUACUAUCCGACCCAGAAUUCAUGCAAUAUGUGUCGAGU